CGGAUCGCCCUCCUUGCCACGGUUGCGCGUUGCGUCUUUGAGCGCGCGCUGCAUUGUGKGRAAGCAAACCUGUUGGAKUCGAUGACUGCUGAAUGUUGUAGAUUUAUGCGUUUUUACUUGCUUUUAAUGCAUUUAAACGAUAAUAGRAAUUCUUUUCUACGUUCUAUAUGUAUAUAUAGAGGUAUAAGUAAUAGUUAUAGCUAGUUUUUAGCGUUUAAUUUUUCCAAAAUGUCUCGACCAGUUCACUUGUGGCUUCGGGCAGAGUCGAAAGAAAACGAGCAUCGUACGCAUCUUACUCCAGAAAAAUGCCAAGAACUCCUYCAAGCUGGGUUUGAAGUAACUGUCGAACAGUCAAACCAAAGAGUGUUCAAUGAUGAUGAAUAUAAAAAGAUCAAUGGAAUUAACAUUGUACCUGAAGGAUCAUGGACCRGUGCACCUAAAGAUGCUUACAUCUUGGGCAUCAAGGAACUUCCAAAGUCAGACGAACCAAUUACACAAAAACACAUCUACUUUGCUCAUGCUUACAAGAACCAAUCAGGCUGGUGCAAUCUACUACAACGAUUUGACAAGGGUGGGGGAUGUGUUCUUGAUGUAGAAUAUAUCACAGAUGACCAAGGUCGUCGUACUGUUGCAGUAUUCCCUCACAUUGCUGGGUUCACUGGAAUGGCUAUUGGUAUUCUUGCAUGGUGUCACAAGAUGCUAAACUCCAAAGUCCCAAUGCCAUCAGUAAAACCAUUUACCAGCAAGGAAGAUCUUGUGAAACAUGUGAGAAAUCAAUUGAGGAAAGUUGGUGAAGAAAAAGGGAUCUCUCACUUCAGCCCACGUAUUGUCRUCAUUGGUGCCUUGGGGCGAUGUGGUAAAGGUUCUUUGGAUUUAGCUAGAAAAGUUGGCAUUCCAGAUGCUAACCUUGCUAAAUGGGAUAUGGAUGAAACUAAAGAUGGAGGUCCAUUUCAUCAGUUAUUGGACUUUGAUGUUUUGCCUGAAUGUGCCUUUGUCUUGUAGAAAAUUCCACCAUUCCUGACACGUGACAUGCUGGACACCAACAAAAGGACCCUAAGUGUUGUCGUGGAUGUAAGCUGUGAUGUAUUAAGUCCAUACAAUCCUUUACCAAUCUAUGAUACAUGUACAUCAUUCCAACAGCCCAGUAGACCUGUCCAACUUGAACAUUCCACUAAGCCUCUGGAGAUUSUUGCUGUGGACUGUCUACCAUCUCUUCUGCCUUGUGAAAGUAGUAAAAGCUUUUCUGAGGCAAUGRUGCCCUAUCUCUUGCAACUUCCUAAGAUUGAAAGCUGUUCAUCUUUGGUCAGAGCUCUGAAGUUGUUUGAGGAAAAAKCCAGUGAAGCUAAAAAUACCCUCGCAAUGGCUGCUCAGUAACAUUUUCCUGAGAUCAAAGUCAUUUCUUUUUUUGUAAAUAGUUCCAGUAAACUAGAGUGACAGAAAUGGAUUUAUGGAUUUUGUAUGACAGUGCAUGCAACGGCACAGAUCAUGGCACAAACACAGCACAGACAUGGAAUCCCACGUAGCAUUCCAUAAUACCAUAAAUUUCAAAUGUAUAUAUUCUAACAAAUUUUUGGAUAAAUUAUAUUUGAAAAUACAAAACAACACAAAAAAAAAUCAAUGCAAAGUGGGUAUUAGACUUUUCCUAAAAUUAUUAAACAGUAUAAUGAAAGAGUUUUUAUAGUGAAAGAUGUAACAGACUGAGAGUGGUUUCCCUUAAAAAAAAUAAAGUAAUAAUUGUAUUUUACUGGA